AUGUGUGAACCCAGUCCGUGCCCCCACGAGCCACCCCAAGAAAACCGUUGCAGGGCUCAAAACGUGUCCACGGCUCAUGUAAAACCAUGCCCUCUACCGAAAACCAAGAAACCGUUUUUUUCGACGAAACAGCUCUCCAUCAUGACUCUCUUUUUUCCGACGGCGGUUUUUUACGGCAUGGCGUCCAUUUUGUUUUGUACUUACCUGGUAGAUUGGAGGAACGUUGCUAGGGCCAUACCAGGAUUGCAUUUUGGUGAAGAAGCAAAGAAUACAGAUGCAGGUGCAGGUGAUGAUGCAGGUGCAGGUACAGGUGAUGAUGUAGGUGCAGGUGGUGAUGCAAAUGCGGAAGGAAAUGCAAAUAUGGCGGAAAGUACGCAAGGGGAGGAAGUGGACGAUUGCAAGGAGAAAAAUGAAGACUAA